AACCACACACACUAAAUGCUUGGACUUCGUUUGUGUAGUGAAGUUAACUCAAGUUGGACGUACGUGGGCGGUUCUUCGUCAUUUCCGUUUAUCGCCUUUUGCGUCAGUUCCUGUGUGGACCGGUUGAGAAGUAGCGGAGCGGCGGCUUCGGAGCAGAGACGUAUCGGGACUUCGGACGGACGAUCAGCCAUCAUGUCUUCAAGUGAUGCGAGUUUGUUGCCUACACUUGGCCAAGAAGAUGACCACGCCUCUAAACUUAUUCGAAAAUCCAAGGAAUCCCCUUUUGUUCCUAUCGGUAUUGCUGGUUUUGCAUCAGUGGUGGCCUAUGGACUCUUCAAACUGAAGGCUCGGGGGAACAAAAAAAUGUCAGUGCAUCUAAUCCACAUGCGUGUGGCAGCCCAAGGAUGUGUGGUGGGAGCAAUGACUUUGGGAGUUCUUUACUCAAUGUUCAAAGAACAUUUUUCGAAACCCAGCGAAGAGAAGAAUACUUUCCUUCACAAAUGAAUCAAGAUUUCUACAGUACCUCUUUUAAAAAAAAUAAUAAUGAUUAAGGCUUUUAAGUAUACCUCAAACUGAGGAGGUUAGAAUUUUUCUUGUUUUAACUAUCUGAAGAAUACUUAAUUUGUUCUGAAAGUAUACUGAUCUUACUACCUACAAAUGAUAGGUAAUUUUCCUUGUGAUUAUUGCCAUAUGUAGUAAAAGUCAUAAUUUCACCAAACAUUAUAAAAUGAGAUUUACAAUCAAACUAAAGCUUUUUAAUGUGUCCCUUGCAACAGUUAGACUUGAGAUGCUUUUGUUAAUGGAACUGAUUAAUUUCUUGGCAGGAUAUGAUUGGACCUUAAAGUUUAGGGCUACAGGCUGGCUUCCAUCUUGGCUUGAGAUUGCUAUCUAGGCAACUAUCCCUAUCUUCAACUGAUUAUAAUGAUCUGCACUUCAGAUCACGUUACUUGUUUCCUAUUUGGAUUCUCUUGAAGAUAUUUGCUUGUUGUGGAAUGAGGUUGUUGAGUAUUAAGGAGGUAGGAGAAUAUAACCAGAGCCACCUUUAAACUUAAGUAUUAUAAUCUUAAUGUUGCAAGGGAAGUAAGUGAAAAUUAUAUGAGAAUAACUUGCCGCAGAGCACUGGUAUUGUGACCUGAGAUUGUAACAACAGUUAGAUUCGAUUUUAUUAUAACUUGAAGAUGCCCAUUUCUAAUUCUGGUCUUUUAACUUCAGAACAUCCUGCUUAUUCAUGCUGCUAGUUGGGCUUCUGCUGUCCUCAUACAUAACCGUCAUCUUGCAUUGCAGUAUACUAGUUAGUGGGCUGGUGAUCUUGUACAGUUUAAGAACGUGCUGCCUUAUCCACAUAUCUUACAUUGAAAUAACAGAUUUCAAAUAUCUCAACAUCUGCAAAAUUGCUGAAAAUUGUGAAUACUGAAGUUUGUGUCAGUAUUUAUAUAAGGCAAGUUGGGUUAAUGAUGAGGGAAAUUACUUGAAAAUUUUUACAUUAACUUCAAUGUGUCAUAAUCUAAUCUAAUGUGUUUCUGUAUUUGAUUGUUAUGCUUAAAUUCUUGUUGGUUGUUAUCUCCAUGCUUUGUUUUAUUUACACAAUUCUUUUUGGAAAAUUCUAAUCUCCAGGGUAUUGUAAAUUCUGUGGUUCUGCUGAUUUUCCAUGAGGGCCAAUGACAGUUUGAAUUGUACAAGUCUUGAAUGGGAAACAGUACAAGAACUGGCCUUUCACUUCUACAUUGGAAGCAGUGCUUUGAUCUGAUAAGCAUUGUAACAUUGCACCAUCAACUGUGGGGUAAAUCUAUUGUGCCUAGAUUAAACCUGUGUACUAAGUACUUGAAUCAUAAAGUUACAAGAGAUACAACUACAGAUCGGCUUUAGUGUAAAGAGUUUUAAAGCAGUGGUUACCUCAGAAUUAGAAAGCUUCAGUCUAAAAUGUCAGCAUACAGUUGUGGUGGUACUUCAUUCACAUUAUAAGUUUGAGUGUGACUUGGUUAUCUCAAUGUAAAUUAAAGAUUUGUAGAUUUAUUGCAGCAGAAAUCUUGUUAUUAAAAUACCUCAAUGCUUUCUUAUUUAUUCAUUAUAAAACCACUCUUGUGAAAAUAGUUGUAACAAAUACAUUGGAAUAAAAGUGCCUCUUACUGUC